AUGACACCAUGCCGACAUUCUCAUCCAACUUCAAAGGCACGGAACGGAAGCAGAUUGACACGAGCCUUUCGUGACCGGGAUGUGACCAUGUCGCGCAUGAGGCGGCUGGUGUUUCCAGCACUUUGCCUGCAGGUGGCCAACACGCUGCCCAUGGCCCGCAAGGAGCCAUUUCAGGCGAGUAUCACCAGCCGCGGGGCAGUGGACGGCGGCGAGGCGCCCGCGGAACAUCUGCACUCGGCGUCCCAGGUGUCCGUGAAGGCCAGCAAGGCGGAGGGCCUUCUGCGGAGCACCAGGAGCUCCUCUUUGCUCAGCCUCAGCGCGCGGAUCAAGUCCAACAUCUCAGGUGGCACGCUGGCGUUGACUCUGCUGAUCCUGAUAGCUGUCGGCAUGGCCCUGGGAAUCUGCGCCCCCCUGGCCGUCAGCUACUACUACGAGGAGCUGGCCCCCGCUCCCUGGCUGCGGGACCUGCGGGAGGACGUCUCCGGGCUGCGCGCGGACCUGCGUCAGCGCGCCGAGGAGAUGCGCCGACGGCGCAGCGAACCACCGGAGGAGCCGCGGAAGCGCGAGCGCAGCGCCUCCGCGUCCAAGCGCCGGGCCUCCAGGAAGGCCCAGGCAAAGCCUACCUUCGAGGAUGACAUCGCAGACCUGUCCACCAGCGACGACUGGAUGGGAUUGAAGGCACCCGAAGACAAGGCCACUAUCUCCUACAUCAAGCUGCCGCCGACCAUGCACGACGGAGUCGCCGACAAGCGGCAGAUCUCCUCAGCAGAGGACUCGCCCAGCUUGGAUCCAAGAUUGCUUCAGUCACCCGGUGCCAGCUCAGACUCAAUCGUGUAUGCAGGAGCUAAGAGGAUCUCCGACGAAAGCACCACCGCCACGGAGGGCUCCUCCUCGGAGUUCCGGGGAGAGUUUCCCAACCUGUCCAGCCUGAGCCGAAGGGGCCGCGAGCUCGAGAGCGAGUCGAAGGAGCUGAAAGCCAGUUCCUCAAAACGGGCUGUGUCCUUUGACAGCAAGGUGGAGGUGAAGGACGUUGGCCCACGGGUGAUUGGCAACUCAGAGCGGAGGAAGUGUCGAAGUACAUCGCGGAACCAGAAGGACGCAGAGUCGUCCCGACGGUCGCCCAGAAGCAAAAGGGCUGGACACCAUCGGAGCAGGUCUCCUUCGAGCGAGGCUCGAAGCCGGCGCUGA